AUUCAAAAGGAAAAAUAGCGAAAGCCAGAAGAAAUGAACCAAAAUAUUACGAUUACGCCACCGAACAAAACCGACCCUCUUCUACUCUUUCUCUCUCCGACAUGCGCAGUCUAGAGCGAGAAACUUUAAAGUCUAGAGAGAGAAAGCAGACCGUCCUGCCAGAAAUGGUGCUUUCUAGGGUUUUGUAGGAAAAAAAGGUUUCUUCUGAUUAUCGAUGGAAAUGCCUGGUAAAAGAUCGAACUACUCUCUCCUCAGUCAGUUUCCCGACGACCAGUUCGUCGGCGGAGCGGCCGGAAAUCAGCCUCCCUUAUACGAGUCCCUUUCUGGGGAGAAGAGCAAAGGGAAAGGCUUUGAUUGGGAUGGUGGUGAUCUUAGGAACCGGAUCGGGAACUUGUUCACUACGUCGAUCGGGUUGCAGCGGCAGUCCAGCGGCAGUAGCUUCGGCGAAAGCACUCUAUCGGGGGAGUAUUACGUGCCGACGAUGUCGAUGGCGGCGUCGAGCGACUUCGAUGCGUUUGGGGAUGUGUUUAAGGUUGGUGGUGGCGGAGGCGGAGAAUUGAGGGCCAAGGCAGUGACCGGGACUGGGGACUCGUCGUCGUCCAAGAGUUGGGCACAGCAGACGGAGGAGAGUUACCAAUUGCAGUUGGCGUUGGCGCUUCGGCUUUCGUCGGAGGCCACCUGUGCUGAUGAUCCCAAUUUCUUGGAUCCAGUGCCAGACGACUCGGCGUCCAGGUCGUUAUCGUCGUCCGGGAGUUCGGUCGAGGCUAUGUCUCAUCGAUUCUGGGUGAGUGGCUGCCUAUCAUAUUUUGACAAAGUUCCUGAUGGAUUUUACCUAAUUCACGGGAUGGAUCCAUAUGUGUGGACUGUAUGCAAUGAUUUGAGAGAAAAUGGUCGUAUUCCUUCCAUUGAAUCACUAAAGCAUGCUGAGCCUAGUGCUGAUUCUCCGAUUGAAGUUGUUUUGAUUGAUCGACGUACUGAUCCCACUUUGAAGGAAUUACAAAAUAAGGUUCAUGGUAUUUCUUGUAGUUGCAUGACCACAAAAGAGGUGGUUGAUCAGCUUGCAAAGCUUGUCUGCAAUUGCAUGGGGGGUGCAGCUUCCACUGGAGAAGAUGACUUUGUUUCCAUCUGGCGGGAGUGCAGUGAUGAUCAAAAGGAUUGUUUAGGAUCUAUUGUGGUUCCGAUUGGUAGCCUGUCCUUUGGUCUCUGCAGACAUCGUGCUUUACUGUUCAAAGUGCUGGCUGACACAAUAGAUUUGCGAUGUCGGAUAGCCAAGGGCUGCAAAUAUUGUACAAGAGAUGAUGCUUCCUCCUGUCUUGUUCGGGUUGGGCCUGACAGGGAGUUUCUGGUUGAUUUGGUUGGCAAGCCAGGGUGCUUAUGCGAGCCUGAUUCUUUGCUCAAUGGUCCAGCUUCCAUCUCAAUUUCUUCCCCAUUGCGCUUUCCACGUUCCAAACCAGUUGAAACUAACAUUGAUUUCAGGUCACUGGCUAAGCAGUAUUUCUCAGAAUGCCAAUCCCUUAAUCUUGUUUUUGAAGACACUUCAGUGGGUGUCAUUGUUGAUGAAGCUGAUGGAGGAGAUUCCAUGUAUCCUAAAAAAUUUGAUAGGAAGUGCACAGAUAGAACCCACCUUGUGCCCAUUUCAAGAAACAGAGGUGAAACUCCACAGUUGCCUAUGCCCCCAAAAGUUGCUUGGCCAAGUGCCCAUGAUCAAGAUUCCCAACUGUUUAAAUCAUGCAAGCCUUAUCAGAGCAGUAUAAGUCCAACAGAUGCAGUCAAAGAUCCUAUCCCACCAAAGCGUAUCCCACUAACUGGGCAUGGGGAUGUUCAACCAUCUUUAGCCUUGUCUGAUUUGAGAGGGGAUACAAUAAAAGAUUCGAGGUUCACUGAUGGAGGCCAAUUAUAUCCAAAUAAACCAUGCAAGGAACUUUCCCUUGAUGUGGAGGAUUUGGAUAUUCCAUGGAGUGACCUUGUUUUAAAAGAGAGAAUUGGAGCAGGUUCUUUUGGGACUGUUCAUCGUGCUGAUUGGAAUGGAUCGGAUGUUGCUGUAAAGGUUCUAAUGGAACAAGAUUUCCAUGCAGAACGUUUCAAGGAAUUUUUGAGGGAGGUUUCUAUAAUGAAACGCCUGCGGCAUCCGAAUAUCGUUCUUUUUAUGGGUGCAGUUACGCAGCCCCCAAAUUUGUCCAUAGUUACAGAAUAUUUAUCAAGAGGUAGCUUAUAUAGGCUUUUGCACAAACCUGGUGCAAGAGAAAUGUUAGAUGAGAGGCGUCGAUUGAGUAUGGCUUAUGACGUGGCCAAGGGCAUGAAUUAUCUUCAUAAACGCAAUCCUCCCAUUGUUCAUCGAGAUUUGAAGUCUCCAAACCUUUUGGUUGACAAAAAAUACACCGUGAAGGUUUGUGAUUUUGGUCUUUCGCGGUUCAAGGCAAAUACAUUUCUUUCAUCCAAAUCGGCGGCAGGGACGCCUGAGUGGAUGGCACCAGAAGUUCUUCGGGAUGAGGCAUCAAAUGAAAAGUCAGACAUAUAUAGCUUUGGUAUAAUCUUGUGGGAACUUGCAACAUUGCAACAACCUUGGAGUAAUUUAAAUCCAGCACAGGUUGUAGCAGCUGUUGGUUUUAAGGGCAAAAGGCUUGAGAUCCCACGUGAUUUAAAUCCUCAAGUGGCUUCCAUAAUUGAAGCAUGUUGGGCAAAUGAGCCUUGGAAGCGCCCUUCCUUUUUCAACAUCAUGGAAUCCUUGAAGCCACUGAUUAAACCUCCCACGCCUCAGCCAGUUCGUGCAGAUAGACCACUGCUUACCUGAAGGGUGCAUCACCUAAGAAGCCUUUUUUGUGCACAUAUAUUGACAUUCUUUUGAUGAUCUGAUGUCUGACAGCGAUUCGUGCUGUUGAGAUAAUCUCAGAGUCAUUGUUGUACAUUUUUCUGUUCUCAUUGUCAACUGAGCAUACUAAUUCUUAACGCAAGUCAAAGGAAUUGCAACUGCAUAUGGGGAGUAUCUAUAUAUGCAUUUCCAUCCUCACCUCCCAAUGAAAUAUUGUUUGCCCUAGUCAAUUGUGUUUGUCAUGGAAAAUUUGUAUAAUUCCUUCGCUCAUAAUUUUAUAUGUAUCCAUAAUUUACUGAACAGCUAACGGGAAGCAUCUUUGCCGGCAUUACGCACCAGUGGAGAUUUAUGUUGUACAACUCAUCUCGAAGAUUGUCAGUUUACAGGUUCUUUUCUUUUCUUUUUCAUUGGACCACUGUCAAUGAUAUGGAGAAGAAAAAAGUUGAUAACAUCAUCAGAGAUUCGUUAGGACCAGACUUAGCAUUCCACGGAAUAGAUGCAGGAAUGGGACCACCUGCAAGGGGAUGUUUAUGUGGACUGUCUUAUUCAUCUAUAAAGGGUGAUUAAAUAGUAAAUACAUUAGAUUAGUUAUUCUUUUAAACUAUAUACUAUUGUUUUAAGUUUGUCCUUUAUUUGUAGUACACAAGUGCUUUGUGUUUUUGUGUGAUACGUGAUCAGGUAUAGGUUCUUAUGA